AGAUCUGCGGCUAUAAGAGCCGACGGUCACAUGGACUGUUCAUCAACAUCAAGAUGAACCUGGCCCCGUCCACCCUGCUUCUGCUCACCUCAUGGAUGAGCUGUGUCCUCGCAACACAUGGGCCGGGGAACGGGAACUGCUGCGCUGCAUGGUCCAGGCCUCGCAGGCGUUUCACGCAAAUUCAGAGUUACUCGAUCCAGUCCGAGGGUGUCUGUGAUUUCGCAUCAGUCGUGUUUGUGGCGCUGGAUGGGAGCAAGAUUUGCGCAGAUCCCAAGAGCGCCUGGUCUAAAAAGGUCAUGCAAAACAUUGACGAAAGAGUGAAGCUCUCAACCUCCAGCCCUGCCACCACAGUGAAGGCGCUGGAAAGGCUUCCAGCUUCCAGCUGGAGAAGCAUUCGCCGCUCACCUCGACGGAGGAAGGGAGGCAGGACCUCAAGGAGGAGGCAGGGAAAAUGAAGUUUAAACCAGACUGUUUUGUUUCUGUAAACCAGCAUCAUCUGACCGGACACUGUCAAGAAAUGCCUUCAAGCUCACUUCUGCUCAACCACAGCAGAAUUUGGAUGAAAGCCUCUGUUAAAUACAGCUGCAAAUAUUUGACUUUUUUUUUUUUUCACAAUGACAGUGAUUGUAAGUUUGCUUUAACAGUCCUUCUGUAUCUGCCAAAA